GCGUCAACGUCAGAGUCAGUCGACGCCGUGCCAGCUUGAGAAGCUCAUCUCCCUCUCUCAAGCUCUUCGCUGUUAUUCGCCUGUUUUUCUCUCAACACAGCGCUGCGCGCCGUUCAUUGAGUCGUUUCAGCCCUUAGGAGUCGUGAAGUUCUUCUCGAUCCUGAUAACAGCAUGGCUGCUGCGGUAGGUGGACGAAGGUCCAGAGCCCCUCCGACAAAUGAAGUGAAGACCAAACCUUUACACGUAACGAGCAAACUAGGAACUACCGGUCGAAAAGUCGUGCUGAACGCUAACUAUUUCAAGCUUAAGAGCAAGACCGAUUGGUGUUUGUACCAGUACCGAGUGGAUAUCGCGCCUGACGAGGAAAGGACCAUAGUGCGCAAAUCGCUGCUCCGUACUCAUAAGGCAGCUCUUGGAGCGUAUCUGUUCGAUGGAACCGUUUUAUACACGAGCAACAGGUUGCCCAAUCCUAUGGAACUGAAUUCGAUCAGGCAGGAGGACAAAAAACCGAUGAGUAUUAAAAUUCGGUUAGUGGGCGACGUAGUCAAGGGAGACUACCACUACUUCCAGUUCUUUAAUAUCAUGGUGAGGAAGUGCCUGGAAAAUUUGAAUCUCCAAUUGGUCGGUAGAAACUAUUUCGACGCUGCUGCUAAGGUGGAAAUAACCCAGUACAGAUUAGAACUAUGGCCCGGCUACGUGACGUCGAUCAGGCAGCACGAGAGAGACGUGCUCAUGUGCGCGGAGAUUUCGCACAAAGUCAUGCGCAAUCAGACGGUCUACGACAUUUUGCGCGACACCCACGAGAAACACAGGAGCGAAUAUCAGAAUAAAUUCUCGUCCACGGUGAUCGGUAGCGUCGUCCUUACCGAUUACAACAAUCGAACCUACAAAGUCGACGACGUCGAUUACACCAAGAGCCCUUCCAGCACUUUCAAACUGCGCGACGGCACCGACAUAUCGUACGCCACCUACUACCAGCAGAAGUAUCAAGUGAGGAUAAGAGAUCCGAAGCAGCCCCUUCUAGUCUCGAGAUCGAAGGCGCGCGAUCGCAGAGCCGGCAAUGACGAGCUGGUGUAUUUGAUUCCCGAACUGUGCCGUAGCACCGGACUGACGGAUGAAAUGCGAGGAAACUUUCAACUUAUGAGGGCAUUGGCGGAGCACACGAGAAUCGCUCCGGAGGCCAGGAUGAGACGUCUGCUGGCCUUCAAUAACCGUUUGAGAUCGAAGCCCGAGGUCAUUCAGGAUUUCAAAGAGUGGAACUUCGAUCUGGAGUCGAAUCUGGUCGAGCUGCCCGGUCGCGUUUUGCCGAUGGAGACCAUUUACUUUGGAAGUAAAAAGGUGCUGUUGAAACAGGCCGACUGGACUGUGGACGUUCAAGACGCUGUUCCCGUGUCUUGCAGACCCUUGAAGGAUUGGGUAGCCAUCGUGCCCAAUAAGAGUUCCGAGAGUGCUAAGGCUUUCAUCGAACUGAUAAUAACCGUCGCGAGCAAGAUGAAGUUUGCUAUAAGCAGACCAAGACUCGUCAUGAUCGACAACGAUAAAUCCGAGACUGUUGCUCAAACCAUUACGGCCAUAACGGACAAGUCAGUACCUCAGUUGAUCUUCUGCGUUGUUUUUAACAACAACCUGUUGAGAUACCAAGCCAUCAAGAAGAAGCUAUGCUUAGACAGGCCAAUUCCAAGCCAGGUGGUCAUGUCCAGAACGUUGGUUCAGAAGACUCCGGCCAAUACCCGAUCGGUCGCCACGAAAGUUGCUGUGCAGUUGAACUGCAAGAUGGGCGGUGUCCCCUGGACUACGGACAUCGGACAGAUUCUACCGGGUCUGAUGGUGGUCGGAUUCGACGUCUGCCACGACAAGAACGGCGAUUUUGGAGCACUGGUGGCAUCUCUGGAUCAGAACUUUGCCCGUUACUACAGCGCAGUCAGCGUCCACGCGGCAGGCGAGGAGCUGUCCAACCACUUCGCGCAACUUCUGGGCAACGCCGUCAUGGAGUUCUACAAGGUCAAUAAAAACAGACUGCCGAGCAAGAUCAUCAUUUACAGAGACGGCGUUGGCGAGGGACAGCUUCCCUUCGUUUACGACUAUGAGGUAACUCAGGUCAGAGACUCGUUGUCGAAGAUCUACGCCCGUCCCGAGCACAUCAAGCUCGCUUUCAUCAUCGUCACGAAGCGUCUGAACACGAGAUUUUUCCUGAACAAAAAUAACCCACCGGCUGGCACGGUGAUCGACGACGUUAUAACCGAUCCGUUGAAGUACGACUUCUUCAUCGUUUCACAAGCUGUGCGUCAAGGAACUGUUGCGCCGACGGCUUACAAUGUACUACAGGAUAGUACUGGUCUCAAGGCAGAUCAGAUGCAAAGACUUACUUACAAACUAUGCCACAUGUACUACAACUUCAGUGGAACGGUUAGAGUUCCAGCGCCGUGUCAAUAUGCCCACAAGUUAGCUUUCUUCGUCUCACAAACAAUAAAGCAACCAGCUCACCCGCAGCUUUCCACUACAUUGUACUUCUUGUGAGAGAAGAACGCUUUUAACUAUGAUGAUUAUUUUCUUAUCAACUACUUUUUAAGAUUAAUGAAAUGAGAGAUUUUUUCAAAUGUAUAUCGCAUAUACAGCCAUGACAUGGUUUUAAAAAACAAUCUCGCGAACGAUGCAUGAAACCGAAAUAAGGUUUUUAUUUCUAAUAUUGAAAAUUUUGAUCUCGUUGACAUAACUUUGACUUUAUAACAAUGAUAUCGAAGUUUAUGCUCGUCAAAUAUCUACUUAGUGCAUCGACAAAUAAUUGACACAAUGUAACCGAUCAAUUUGAAAUGUAUAGAAUACAAAAAAUUUUGUAUUCGAGACAAUCUUUGAAAAAUAAAUAUUUUUUUAUAACCUA